CAUGUACCAUCUGCCCACACACAAACACAAGCAUGGCAGCCUCCUCUUCAGGAUACAGCAGAAUGUUCUGUAAGCUAAGGAAAUAUGCUAAUAAAUCACAAAGUUUAUAUCAUAUUGAUACUUUUAAUUUCGUGAUAAGGACAAUAUGGAUAUCUGGAUCCAAAACUCAACUCCAGCCCAAAGUACAUGCUAAAAGUCUUCCUCAGAUGGUUGGUGUUGUGGGUUUGGAAAUCCACGCUCAGAUUCAGUCCACAUCAAAGCUCUUCUCUGGAUCUCAUGUUAGAUUCUUGGCUCCACCAAACUCACUUGUCUCACAUUUUGAUGCUUCAUUACCAGGAACUCUGCCGGUACUAAACAGAAGAUGUGUGGAGGCUGCUGUAUUGACAGGCCUUGCUCUCAACUGUACCAUCAACAAGAAGUCACUAUUCGACAGGAAGCACUACUUUUAUGCAGACAUGCCUGCAGGCUACCAGAUCACUCAGCAGAGGGUUCCCAUAGCAGUGGACGGCAUACUGGUCUAUAGCCAUUUUGAAGGUCGUAAAAGAAACCAAGUUGUAACCAAGAGUGUGAAAAUCAAACAGAUCCAGCUUGAGCAAGACAGUGGAAAGAGUCUCCAUGAUGAUGAGCGAAGCCAGACGCUCAUUGAUCUCAACAGAGCAGGUGUAGGUCUGAUGGAGCUGGUGAUGGAGCCAGAGAUGUGUUGCGGAGAGGAGGCAGCAGCUGCCGUCAGAGAGCUUCAGCUCAUCCUGCAGGCUCUGGGCACCUGCCAGGCUAACAUGGCUGAGGGGCAGCUUAGAGUGGAUGCCAAUGUGUCCGUGCAUCGACCUGGAGAGCCUUUGGGAGUGAGGACAGAGGUCAAAAAUAUCAACAGUGUGAGGCACCUGGCCAAAGCCAUAGACUAUGAGAUCCAGAGGCAGAUGGAGGUUCUACAGAGCGGUGGGACGGUUCUUAAUGAGACCCGAGCAUUUGACAGCAAAUCUGGUAACACAAUUCCGAUGAGGGAUAAGGAAGGCCUACAAGACUACAGGUUCAUGCCAGAGCCCAACUUGCCACCACUGUUUGUUUAUGAGAGUGAAGCUUCAGUGCCUGGUGGCGUUGACCCUGCCCAGGCUGUGGUGAUUGACAGGCUGAGCACCCAGUUGCCGGAGCUGCCGUCUGUGAAAAGGACUAGGCUUGUGGAGACUCACGGCAUCCUGCAAGAGCACAGCUUCACACUGGUGAGUGAAGACGGCCUUAUGGAUUACUUUGAAAGUGUUGUUCAGAUGACCAAGGCAGAACCAAGAAAGGUGAUUGGCUGGGUGAUAAAGGAGCUGAUGGGAAAUCUGAAUAGUCAGAGUCUGAAAGUCUCUCAGAGUCCCAUCUCGCCAUGUGCUCUUGCUGAGCUGAUCAAUCUUGUAGAAUCUGGUCAAAUCUCAUCUUCAACUGCCAAGCAAGUUUUCCAGGAGAUGUGGAAGGCUCCAGAGAAGAAAGUGGGCCAGAUAGUGAAGGAGCAGGACUUGUGGAUGAUAAAUGACAAAGAGGAGCUACAAAAGAUCUGUCAGAGGGUUGUGGACAGUCACCCUGAGGAGGUUCAGAUAAUCAGAAGGGGUAAUAAGAAAGUACUGAACAAACUGAUGGGUGAAGUUCAGAGAGAAACCAAAGGUAGAACUGAUCCAGUGAAAGUCAGAGCCAUUCUGGAGAAAAUGGUCUCAUGAAUUACCCAGCUUGCCUCUUUGUGGGUUAAUGCUGUAUUCUGGACAAGAAGCUUAAUGGAAAUGGAAUUUUCAUACAUUUAAUAGCCUCUGUACAGUUGUUCCAGAAAGGUGUCUGCACAACAAAUGUGUUGUUUUAUUUUCUAAAGAGUUCAGGAUUUUAUUCUUCACAGCUCAGUUAAUUCUGGCCUCUGAGACAUUUAUCACUCAAUGAUCAUUGAUUCUUUAAUAGUCAUCUCUUGUGAGGAAGUCCUGUGUGUGUGUGCACUGAAUCUGCGUUAAGUUGUUUGCAGCUCUGUAUGGAUUUUCCAUCAGAAUUGGAUUUUGUAGGAUUAUUCAUCACUUUUAGACUUUUAGCAGGUCAUGCCAAGGUUGUCUGAAACUUCUGGUGUUUAAUCUCCAUUUGCUUUUUCCAGCACAUUCCAGGUCUGGAACGGGGGUUGAAAUAAAUGCAGUGUUUGUGUACUACGAUCGUGCUUUUUUAAAUCAGACCCAACAUUUUGGACAACAUAAAAUAUACAUUUUUAAAUCAUGUGGUAACUUGAUGGUGCUGUGUAAAAUACAGACUUGAGUUGGCUGUGUUAUAUGAGUAACUAGCGCCCUCUGGUGGAUUGUGUUUUUACAUACCAUAAGUCAAAGACAAGCGAGUCAUUGCUGGGUAUGGCUACCAUACUUUAAAUUCCUAAUAUCUGUAAAAUGGGUGAUUUAGAGAGAGACAAAUAGAAUAAGAGAGGCGUUUAAAAAUAAAAGACUUUUUCCCUUCUAUGAAAUAAAGUAUGUUCUCCACCCUGUUUUUGUGGUAAGAGUGGGCGCGGCCAUAUGUCAAUUUUAUGGGUUUGGCGUCCAAAACUGCUAAUUUCGCUGCUUGGUAUUGCAAAUCGGUGUGUGUCAUACCAUAUUAUUUUAAUGUUUUGUCUUGGUUAUGAACAGACUGGUUUGUAGUGCAAACAGUUUUACCAUUUAACGAACGUUGUUGUUGUUGUUCUCGUUAUUUAGUAGCUAAUGAAUCGAAGUCUCACCCAUAGCCUUACUUCCACGUUGAAGGGUAAGGUGGACAAUAGGUGAAAACAUUGGAGACCAUUACUGCCAUUACUAAAGAUGAACUGAAGAAGGACCUAGUUUUGAACAAAGCUCCUUUUGCUGAAAGGGCUAUCUGGGGAAUAGUGAGUUAAAUCAAGUCAACGGUAUCUGAGUUAACUAUCCCAAAGACACAGGCACAUCCUCACCCAAGCUGUACAUACAUAUAGUCCACAAGAUGGACUAUAUGUAAAAAAUGACCCUGUUUUUUUUUUGAUAGUUGAUAGUGAAAGUUACUUGUUUGUCCUAAACAGUUAAACUUCCACUGUUCUUCAGAUAAAUCCUUUAGUUCCCACAAAUUCUUUGGCUUUUCAGCAUUGUUGUGUAUUUGAACCCUUUCCAACAAUGACUGUAUGAUUUUGAGAUCCAUCUUUUUAUACUGAGGACACCUGAGGGACUCAUGCAACUUCAGAAGGUUCAAACACUCACUGAUGCUUCAGAAGGAAACAAUGCAUUAAGAGCUGGGGGUGGAAACAUUUUGAAUUUUAAGUUCAGGGUAAAUUUCACUUAUUUUGUCUUCUGGGAAACAAGCAAGUAUCUUUUGUAGCUUCUGAAGGGCAGUACUAAAUGAAAAAAAAAUGUAUAUUUGGGCUAAAUAAGAAAAAUGUACACAUCUUCAUUCUGUUCAAAAGUUUACACCCCUGGCUCUUAAUGCAUCGUUUUUCCUUCUGAAGAAUCAGUGAAUGUUUAAACCUUCGG